AUGGGCACGCCGCGCGGCUCGGCGGCCAACCCGCUCCCAAAGCGCCAACGCCGUCGCCUCACUUCUGCCAAAUCAAUCGCGACACCUUCCCUCCCCCUUCUCACCCUGACCGUUGUUGAUGCUUCCUCGUUUCCAGUGGCCGCCCCGACAUCCUCGAACCAGCCGUGUAUCACGAUAGGGGAUGAAAUGGGCCAAGUCUUCAACAUCCCUGUCAUGCCAGGCUGUUACGUCCCACCAGGGUACCUGAAACUCAUUAAGAUUGCUCUCGCUACGUUGAUCAAGUACGGGCUGGGACGUGAGCGACAGUUUGAGCUGUGCACCAUCGGCAACACGAUGUGGGACGGCAAGUUUGCCCUCUUCAUCCACUAUGAAGUCGUCGGACCCCGUCAACUACGUCACGCCACCCAAUGUGGCAUCCAAAUGGCGGACACGAGCCUUCCGGCCUACAGACACAACUUGGCAAGUCCCUGA